AAACAAAGUCCCAUGUAAAUGAGUUACACUUUAUUUACAAGUAUUUCCUUUACAACAAUCAGCAUACAGACGUUGUAUUAUAUGCUUUGUAAAUCUGUAACACUGACUAUACAAUUUGCUCUUUCGAGGAGUAAAAUAUACACACAACACUAAGGCGUCCAUAUUCUUUUCUUUUUUUGUUAUUUUUUCCCCUAGUUUCUAUGUAAAUCGAAAGCUGCAUUUCUGUCAGAACAUGUCCGACUGUGUAGACUUGGGUUAGUCAGAAGGUAAAAAAAAAUGAUUUGUUUGCUCAUUUCCAUACUUAACGCCAUUUUCUAAAGUAGGGUACUUUGCGUUUGCGUGUUGUUCGUAAACUUUUAUUUUACAUCAACAGCCAAAAAAAAAAAAACCGAAAGGAAAUACUAGAAGCGCUCUUAAUGUUUCUGCUUUCACACAUCGGGCAAAAUUCAGUACGUCACUUUCAAUAACAACACACCAACAAACUUACUUCAGCAAUAUGAAGUUAAGGGUGAAAGUGAACAAGGAGACGAACCGGGUGGAUCUGGAGGAACCAGAACCGACCCUGACCCAACUCAGCAUCCUGGUCAAAGAGGUCAUCCUGCCUUCGGUUGGACUCAGCACUGAUGCAGAGUUCAGUCUGUCUCUGAACGGGAAAGAUCCUCUGGUGGACACAGGACAGACUCUUGCCUCGUGUGGUGUGGUGUCAGGGGACAUGAUCAGUGUAAUUCUGCCUCAUUCUGACUCUUCAUCUUCCUCUGCAUCACCUUCCCCUCACCAGAUGCACAGCUUUUCAGCUGUUCAGCAGAGAACACAGCAGAGUCCCACUGGAUUAAGUACACACCAGUCAGAUGCCAGCAGCAGCUACGAGAGUCGAGAGAGUGCAUGUGAUCCUGAGACUGAGGAGUGUGAUAUGGAGAGAGGUGAGGCAGAAGAGGAGUCAGUGGGCCUCUUCAUCCCUGAGCCCAUGUUGUGCUGUGAAGCUGAGGAAGGGAAAAUCCCACACUCUCUAGAGAUGCUGUAUCAGACUGCACAGUGCAACAGCGCCUCAGACUGCCUGCUGUUAGCGGCACACGUGUUACUGCUGGAAACUGGCUUCCUGCCACAGGGUUGUGAUGUCAGAGACGGAGAGAUGCCCAGUGGCUGGCGUGCAGCAGGGGGUCUCUACAGGCUGCAAUACUCUCACCCACUCUGUGAGAACAGCCUGGUACAGGUGGUUAUCGUGCCGAUGGGCCAAACACUUGUCAUAAAUGCCACUCUGAAGACGACUGGUGCAGUAGAGUUUUCCCGGAAGCUGGCACUAAAACCGGACGCUUAUGUGACUAAGGAGUGGGCAGGUGGAAAUGCUGGAGUGGCCUACAGAGAUUUGAAGAAACUGUCUCGUGUUUUUAAGGAUCAGUUGGCUUACCCACUCAUUGCAACAGCUAGAGAAGCACUGGGUCUCCCUGCACUGUUUGGACUGGCUGUGCUGCCCCCCGAGCUGCUGUUAAGGAUAAUGCGGCUGCUGGAUGUUCCCUCGAUCCUAAAACUGUCUGAAGUAUGCAGACGCCUGCACUCUGCUACCCAAGAUGCCUCACUCUGGAAACACUUUGUGUACCGUGACUUCCGAGUGAAUUUUCAAGCUGACAGUGAGCACAGAGACACAGACUGGAAAGAGCUUUACAAAAAGAAAUUUCAGCAAAAGAAGACUCGGAGCAAAUACAGAGCGAGGUUUUACCCUUUCCAAGGUCCCCCAAUUUAUCCUAAUCCCCCAGUGCCUUUCCCUCCUCUACCACUUCCUCUUUUUCCUCCUGGCAUCAUCGGAGGAGAACACGAUCAGAGACCUGCUAUUCCGCAGGGCAUCCUGCCACGCCCACGCUACGACCCUAUCGGACCGUUUCCAGGCCACGAACCGCGGAUCGGACUUCCCUUUGGACGCCGUUUGCUGAGGCCAGGCGGGAGCCGAACACCAGACACCAGGAGAGGCUUCAUCUGAAAACACCUUCCAGAUACUUCUACACGACCCACAGGCAUCUAAAAAUGUUACAAACAUUAAAAACAGGCAAACUCUCGGAUUACCAUACAUACUCCAGAAACAGGCAAAUGUUUUAUCAACUCCAUAUUCAACAUUCCAGAAUGAACUAAAUAUACUGCAAAAAGAUCUAUGUGCAGAGAGAUAAGCAGAGAGAAAUCAUGAUUUUAUCAUAACAGGCUUGAAACUAAAAAAAAUGGAAGAAGGAGAUAAAUGACUCACCUAUCAGAUCCCAUUUCUUCUAUUUUAUUUAUGUGAUUAUGAAACAAAUCUGAUUUUCAUUGUGGAUUAUUGGAUAAAAUAAAACAAAUACUAAAUACUAAAAAUGCCUUGUCACAUUUUUAUUCAAAGCAUAAAUGGCAAAGCACAGUGAAGGAAUGAUGGAAAACCCAAUAACAGAGGAGACAUGAAAUGAAAGUGAUAGUGAAUAAAAUCCUUGGCCUGUUUGUGUAUGUCUCUGAGGUUUUAUCUCUUAAUAUCAGCCUCUGCGAAAAUCUCUCAUGGCCUUCAAGAUCUUUGUCAGAGCAUCUCUUCAUAUUGCAUCACUUUAAUCAUUUUUAUUCAUUUCAGUUCAAAGUUACUUUGCAUUUUGGAUGAUGUUGAUCUAUUUUGAUUUAACAGUUUGUUUAUUUUCCUUGCUUCCCAGAAUGCAAUAGAAUUCUAAAAAAAUAUCACUUUCCCCUAAAUUGAAUUGAACAGAAAUGCUAAGUGACAUGGUUCUCAU